AUGGAUGCAAUGGAACCUCGUCUCAAGGAACGCAUGGAUGACAUCGAGACUCGUCUCAACAAACGCAUGGAUGGCAUUGAGACUCGCAUCAAUACACGCAUCACCACCCUGGAGAAUGAAAUGAACAAACAAUUCGUCAAAUUCGAGAGCUUUGCUCAGAACACCAGGGCCCGCGCCAAGAACUCUCGCGCCCGCGAACUGGGCGUCCCCUACACUCCUCUUGUCGAGGAAGAUGGCGCUGCUAUCCGAGACUUCCCUUGCACUUUUAACGAAGUCAACGCACUGGCCGAACCACGUCUCUCAACCCUUCUCAGUGCUGUCGGAGUCGAGCUCGAAGAUGGCUGGACUGUCGAGCAGAAGCGAAGUGCCUUCUUGAGCGCCAUCGGCGUCAUGCGUGUCCCUACCUUCCCCUAA